UCUGGAGAAACAUGGAGAUAAAGUACAGACUGCGGGGUGUGCUUUGUGAUGAGAGGAGUGUUUUAAAGGACUAGUAGGAGCUCUUCUGGGAGGGGAGGACCCAUGAAGCCUGCUGACUACCGGGGGAAAAGAGAGGGAGAGAAAAAGUUGUCAAGUUUUGUGACACGGAGGUGAAAACUUGGUCCGUCCACACGGCUACGGUUAUUAACAUCAGCGGCUCUGACGGGGGAAGAUGGCGCGGCGCUGCGGCCGUGCCACGUCUCGGUUUACCGGAGAAAUACUCCUAUAUCCCACUAACAUACCCGCAGUUUGGUUAUGUUUCUGCCUCCUUUUCCCUCCUCCUGCUGCUGUGGUGGAGGCUGGUGGACUGUACUCCGCGUCUGACCAAGUCAUCGUGUUAAGUCCGGACAACGCGGAGGCGGUUCUGGUGAACUCCUCAGCAGCGAUACUAGCCGAGUUCUACGCGUCAUGGUGCGGACACUGCAUCGCCUUCUCUCCGGUCUAUAAGAGCCUGGCCAGAGACAUUAAAGAGUGGAAGCCAGCUGUGGACCUGGCAGCUAUCGACUGUGCCGCAGAGGAGAACAGGAAGGUGUGCUCUGGCUUCAGCAUCAGAGCGUAUCCCACCAUAAAGUUCUUCCAUGCUUAUUCCAAGGCUGAAUCGACAGGACAGCAUUUUAAAGCUUCCACUCAUGAUGUUCGGGUGCUCCGUCACAGGAUCAUAGACAAACUGGAAAGUCAUCAGGAGCCCUGGCCCCCCGCCUGCCCUCCACUGGAGCCCACCAGCCAAGCAGAGAUCGACAGCUUCUUUGAGACCAACAACGUUCAACACCUGGCUCUGAUCUUUGAGGACACUAAAUCCUACAUCGGCCGAGAGGUAAUCCUGGAUCUGUUACAGUUUGAGAACGUCGCAGUGCGGAGAGUCCUGAGCACGGAGGAGAGUCUAGUAACCAAACUGGGAGUGACUGAGUUUCCAUCCUGCUACCUUUAUUCUCCUGGAGGCAACUUCACCAGACUCAAAGUCAACAUUGAGGCUCGCACUUUCUACACUUACGCCCUCCAGAGGCUGCCGGGGGUGGUGCGGUCAGGGAAGCCUCCUCCGGUCAAAGCAGAGGUCCUCUCCAACAGCACAGAGGAGUCCGGGAGACCCUUCAACAGUUCCAGGGUGUACAUGGCGGACCUGGAGUCAGCGCUGCACUACUCUCUGCGUGUGGAGGUGGCCGCUCAUACUGUCAUCAGAGGAGAGGCCCUGACGUCUCUCAAGAAGUACAUCUCUGUCCUGGCAAAGUACUUCCCAGGCCGUCCAGUGGUGAUGAACCUUUUGAAGUCUGUAAAUUCUUGGCUAGAGAACCAGACUGGUGAUGAGAUUUCCUACGAGGCAUUCAAAGAGAUGCUGGAUAACUCGGCUCAGUCUCCAGAUGCUUCUUUGCCUGAAGGAGUGAGGUGGGUGGGCUGUCAGGGUUCACAACCUCACCUGAGACGUUACCCUUGCGGGGUGUGGACCCUCUUCCACGUUCUCACCGUCCAGGCCAAGAACGCAGGAGGCACAGAUCCCCAGGAGGUGCUGAGUGCGUUGAGAAACUACGUCCACAACUUCUUUGGCUGCAGGGGGUGUGCCGAGCACUUUGAGAUUAUGGCGAGUGAGAGUCUGGUGGAGGUGAACACGUUGUCGAUGGCGGUGCUGUGGCUUUGGUCAAGACACAAUCGCGUCAACAACAGACUGGCAGGUGAUUUGAGUGAAGACCCAAACUACCCAAAGAUCCAGUGGCCUUCACCAGAGAUGUGUCCAGCCUGCCACACGGUGAAGGACAACGGGGAGCACAGGUGGAACCAGGAGCAGGUUCUCCCCUUCCUCAUGUCCUACUUCUCAUCCAGCCGUAUCCUCACAGACUACCUCGAGGAUGAAAGUCAGAUCCUGGCAAAACAACGAGAAAAACAUGCGAGUCGGCAGCAAGCUUUAGAAUCUCUGAGACGUGUAGGGAGGAGCGCCGGGGAGGCCUCGGACUCCAUGACGGAUCCUCUGCCAUCGCAAGAAGAAGAGGAAGAGGAGGAGGACGAGGACGAAGAAGAGGAGGAGGGUGGGGAAGGAGUAGCAACAGAUGAGAUAGAGGGUAAGGCAUCGGAGACGACCCCCUGGGCCAAACCUGGAAUGGAGGUUGGUCGAGGCCCGCGGCAGGCCCGCAGGAAGCCGAGCAUCGUGGGGAUGAGGAUGCGAGAGAUGCAGGAGGACAUCGUGGAUCUGGACUCAUUCGUCAACCAGCACUACAAGGCCAAGGCGCUGCAGGUGGCCGCCUCCAGCCGGGUCAAACAACGCACCCUGCAGAGGCAGGAGGAGCAGGAGCCCGGGCCCAUGUUCGGGCUCGGCAUGGAGCUGGACGCGGGGCUCGGCAUGGUGGGCCUGCAGCCAAUGGAAGCAGACUUUGAAACGCUGGAUGUGGGGCAGCAGAGAAAGCGGCUGCAGAAGCGAGAACUGAGCGGUCAGUACUUUGCUGAGGAGGCCGAGCUGAGCCACAGGGGACGCUGGAUGUCUGUGCUGAGCAUUGGAUUCUCCAAAGUGGACAUCAGCCUGUGUGUCAUCCUUUAUUUCCUGUCCUCCAUGUGUCUUCUGGCCAUGUACCUCUUCUUCAAAAACCGCUUCAGGCUACGGCGGGCCAAAGUAGCCCUGCCCUGAACCAAAGUGUGUCCAAAUUUGAGUCAUUAACGUUCAUUAGGUUCAUGCAGGCUGAGGUUGGGGUUAUUGUAAGGGGAUGUGUCGAGAUUAGGACGAUCUUAGGUGGUCCACUUAACUGUUACCUGCAGCCAAAGGCAUCCAUGUGGUGGAUGUGUGGGUGAUGUCUCACUGGAGGGGAGGAGAAGGGAAAAUUUAGCUGAUUAUCUUCCAGUCAGUUAUUUAACGUUACACUUAAUCUGGCCUCCAGAGCUUUUCAAGAGCAUAUAGAUGUAUAUUUCCAUAAGUGGGUUUCUGUUUGGAGUUAAGGAUAAUCCAUUAUUGAUUUUCAUUUGACCACAUAUGAAGGAUAAAAUUAAACCGAAUAUGAAAUUAAUUGAAUGUUUUAAUUUGUAUGAAGUUAAUGCAACCAAUGCAUUUUUUUGUACGAAGUGAUUUUUGUUGCUUUACUGAAGUUAUGGUCAUUUGUAACUGUAAUUUUUUAUUUAAUUUUUGUAUAUAUCUCACAGUAGGGUGAAGGCUUCCUACACUACUUCUCUGUAGUGUGUGACCAAUUUUUUUUUAUUUCAGUCACAAUUUUUAUAUAUUUACACAUAAAAAUAUUUGAAUCAUUGCAACUUAAUACUCAAAUAGGUUAUUCUUUGAUUUAAAAAAAAAUGAUCUGUUGUAUCUUAAAUUACAGAUGAACUGUUGUUCCCAUUUUUUUCAAUUUAUCAAGAAUUAAAUCAAAUGUUUACGCAUUUCAUUUAUUAAUUAGAUGUUAAAAAAAACAGUCCCAGUCCCUAAAUACAUUGUGGGUUGUUGCAGUUUGUUGACGGCCUGACGGCUGCAUCAUAUUGUUGAAUACUGUGACUGGACCAGCAGCAGGUCCACGCUAACUUUCACCAGAGGAGAGCGGAUCAGCCUUUUGUUGUUCAGCUCCUUCGAGGUGGUUUACUGUACAUGACACUGAGCGCUAUGUCACGUCUUUGUAUAUUACAUCACACUGCUGAGUCCACAUAUACUCUGGUUGUUUGUUAUGAAGUGUUGUGGAGCGACGCAUAUGUUCACACUGGACAAGGUUUUAGAAUAAGCGGGAUUUGUUUUUGGCUUGUGUCCACGAUGUAAAGCCUCGGCUGGGCAUCUUCAAAAACACUGUGUUUUUCUGUUUGCUUCUUUGCUUCCGUCUGAAUCAAUAAAAUUAUUUUUGAUAAGGA